UGCAGUCAGUCAUCUCUUGUUAUCUUUCCUAAAGUAUUAUUGAAGACUCCCAAGAAACAUUUUCUUAGAAUCUUGGCUUCGGGGUUUAUAUUUUGGUUUUCUGAAGCAGCUGGAUCUAGAAUCGUGAACAGCAUGGAUGGUCUUUCCUGGGAUACUUCUGAAUUUUUCACCAAUAUGCCGAACUUGUGGAACGCUCAACCAGAAGACAUUGAAGAGAAAGUAUGCUACGCCACGCCUGAAUUCGAUUAUCAAGUGCAUGAGACGCAGAAUAAUAAACCAGCUCAAACAGAUCAUCAUCUUCACCAUCUUUAUUCAGCUUUUGAUCUUGUGCCAGAUUAUUUCGACACUCAUAUGGCCAACCAACACCACCACCAACAACAACAGCUCAUCAAUGGCGGCGUCUCAUACAGUGACAUCAACAGAGAUGACGGGGAUAUUUCCACGAUUCUAUCUGAUAACUGUGGAAGAAACAUAUGGAGCUUCAACAACAAUAAUAAUGGAAGUUCAGUUUCCCCUGGUGAUAAAUCUCAGAAGAGUAAUAACAUCGCUUCUGCAGCUUCCUGUGGUAGCGGAAAGAACAAGGACGACGUCCUUCAGUAUCAAGUCAAUGAAAUUGAAGACGCCAUUUCUCACAGCACUUCAUCACGUCCAUGUGUGGUCAAUCAAGGCAAUAAUAUUUCAGAACGUAACGAGCUUAAUCAUGCAAAAAGGAGUUUUGGACUCAUUCCAGAGAAUAACAAUCCACCAAAGCCGAAGAAAUCUAGAUGGGAACAUAACUUCUCACCUUCUUCAAACAUAAAUUUUCAGCAGCCAAACUCAAGCAUGUCAUCUAAUUCCAGUAUUAUUACCCAAGAGCCUGAUGCAGAGGCCAUGGCACACAUGAAGGAGAUGAUAUAUAGGGCUGCAGCGUUCAGGCCAGUGGACUUAGUGUUGGAGGUGGUGGAAAAGCCUAGAAGGAAGAAUGUGAGAAUCUCAACAGAUCCACAGACUGUAGCAGCGAGGCAAAGAAGAGAGAGAAUAAGUGAGAGGAUUAGGGUUUUGCAGAAGAUUGUGCCUGGUGGAAGCAAGAUGGACACAGCUUCAACGCUUGAUGAAGCUGCAAAUUAUCUCAAGUUUCUCAGGUCGCAGGUCAAAGCAUUGGAAAGUCUAGGAGACAAGGUUCAUUAUUCUAUGAACUGUAAUCCCUUUCUCUUUUACUAAUCCUAGUCAUCUUUAUAACUUCCA